AUGGGUGGCUUCAGGAGGGAUGACAGGGGCGGCUUCCUGACCCUUCUGGUCUGGCUUCAGCUUCUUCAGCCUCUGUUCAGUAGUACUUACGGACCCAGGGAGGAUUCCAGAGUGAUGCCCACAAGUCCAGAGGUUCCCGCACGGUGGAACCGCAUGAAACCCCUGAAUAUUUCAGAUCCUUUGCUAACUCCGGUGUCUCCAGACCCCACUGGGACUCCAGGAUCAGGGACUCCUUCACCGACCACAACCGAAGGUGUUAUGGAAUCCAGCAGUAGCUCUCCAGAAGAACCGUUUGCUGCAGAAGCAUGUGGCCGUAGAAUCAUGGAGUUCAGUCACGGAAGGCCAUCUGCCGUGAGGAAGUGGCCAUGGCAGGUGAGCCUGCAGAGCAGAAAUGAGCAUGUCUGCGGAGGGUCCCUCAUCAGCCACCAAUGGGUGCUGACUGCGGCCCACUGCAUUUAUGACCGUGAGGAAUACAAGGUGAUGCUGGGAGACAAUGUGCUGACUUCUGAAUCUGUAAAUCGGACUCUCGUCCCAGUCAAAGACAUCAUUUAUCCUUCCAAUUUUGACUCUCAAACCAUGAAGAGCGACAUUGCUCUUGCUCUGCUGUCCUUUGCUGUGAACUACUCCUCACAUAUCCAGCCUGUGUGCCUUGCUGAGGAGCCCUCCCAAGUGAAGAACGGGACAUGGUGCUGGGUGACCGGCUGGAACCGUGAAAACGAUGCAGUCUUCAUUUCAGCUCUCCUCCAGGAGGCCCGGCAAAACAUUCUUCUCCAGAAGCCUUGUAAUCAGCUGUUCCAGAGUCGGUUAAAUACAUCUAAAAACCUCGUGAUGAAAGGGAUGAUCUGUGGCCAGCAUGACUCAGGACAGAGUCUUUGUUGGGGAGAUUCUGGGAGCCCCCUUGUCUGUGAAUCUGAGAACACUUGGACCCAGGUGGGAAUUGUGAGCUGGGGCAUCAACUGUGACGAAGUCCCUGUCCCCUUGGUUUACACAGACAUCGCUGAAUACGAUGCAUGGAUCCAAGAUAUUCUAAGUCCGGCUUCCUGUACGGACGCCAUGGGAGUCUUGGUCCUGCACCUGUCUCUGGUGCUGCACCUGGCCAUCUUGGUGAUGCUGUGA